ACUUCUUAAGUGUAAAAAGGUGACGAUAUCAUUGACCUGUGAAGUAAUAUCUUUAUUUAUAUCAAUGACAUUGCUUUAAAUGACGAUACAGAUUUAAUAUGUAUUUAAGGUGUGUAUACCAGUGUUUUAUCAAAAACACUAUCAUUUAAACGCAGGGUUUGUGAAAGGAUAUACUUUAAAUAAGAAAGUAAGUUGAAUGUUGAGUAGAUUACAAGUAUGCUGACGGACGAGAAUUUCACAGAUUUAAAGGUGAAAGGUUACACUGUUGUUACAGAUGUUCUAACCGUUGAGGAAUGUGACCAGACUGUCGACCAGUACAAGGAGUGGCUCUCACAGUUCAAAGAUGGCGAAUGGCCCUUUUCCGUCAAUUCUCUAAUUCAAAGGUAUAAUGUCGGAAAUAUGCACCCAACGUGGUUUGUUAGGCUCAAGUCAAAGAAAGUCUUUGCCCAAGUUUGGAAAACGGAUAAAUUGUUAUCCAGUGUAGACGCUAUUGCCAUCGGCCGUCCGCCCGAGAGCAGCGAUGAGCAAUUUAGUAUGCCCGGCGACCAUUGGUUACAUUUAGACCAAAAUCCAUCACGUGACGGCCUACACGCCUAUCAGGGAGCGGUUUACUUGGAAAGAGCGGACGAAGAUGAUUGGACGUUGCAUGUUCUGGAAAGUUCACAUCUACAUUUUAAAGAUUUUUAUGAAACCAAUUCCAGAGCAAGUAUGAAGUCGGAAAUUAAUCUUUAUUAUUCUUUCCUAGAUGAAGAAGUUAAGUACAUGAAAAACAAAGGGUGUGAAUUAAAACGAGUUCCUGUACCUAAGGGCGGUAUGGUUCUUUGGGAUUCUAGAUUAGUGCAUGCAAAUGCAAAUCCAUUGAAAGGGCGUAAGAAUCCCGGUAGGUGGCGGUACUGCGUCUUCGUGUCAAUGACCCCAGCCAUAUGGGCAACAAAAGAGGACAUGAAGAAGAAGAAAGAGGCGUAUAAUAAUGCAUGGAUGACAACUCACUGGUCGUCGCAAGGAAUAAUGUUCUUCAAAACAUCUAUUCCAUCUUUUGCACCGAGAGAAGUCGAAUAUCCAACACAACAACCGGAAAUUGCGAAAUCGCGCGAGGCAAAAUUGAUUUCUGGGGCAUUGGAGUACGAUUUUCAAGAUGGAGAGCCUACUGGCAAGGAAUUAAAGCCACACUGGAGGAAACGGCUACUUCCAAACGGAGACGAUUUCGUGCUUGAUAAGAAGAAGUUACUGAAAUAUGGAAUAAUAACUCUAGCAGUUGUGGCUGGUCUUGUCAUAUUUAAAAUGAAGAGAAAGUGAAAGUUAAUACCUUGAAGGUUUUCUCUUAUUAUUUAAGAAUAGUGAUUGGAUAUAAGUGAUUAAUUAAAACGUUGAUUUAUUUCGUUUCAUUACCGGUGAUUAUAAUGAUUGAAUCGAAGCUUGUGAUAUAAUUUAACAAAGAUGUUGUGACUUAGUGUUGGGACUGAAAAUUCAACGUGUUGAUAUUUAUAGAGAUAAUAUUUAUAUAGACGUCGCAAUAGGGGACAAUUCUAAUUAAGUAUGAGGUCACUGGUUACCGACAGGUUAUUUCCCCUGUUUUGUUGCAGAAUGAGAGAUAUUGAACAAUGUACAUGAUGAUCAAUAUUAUUUUGUAAAUAUAUGCUGAGAAAUAUGAAAACAUUUUGUAACGUGUUUUGAAAUACAUGGAUUAGUUAUUUACGGUUAAUCGAGAUGUGAUUUUGUUUUAUUUGAAUAAGAUGACUGUUUAGGAACACAUAAUUAAACUUCUUGUAAUCGUAAAUUAUGAUAUACAAGUUUAAUUUUUUUCAGCUUGCAAUAAAUGAUACAGUGAAUGUAAUCGCAAUAGCUCAUAUUGUGUAUAAACAAACUGAUACAGUGAUUUCGUUUCUACAUUUUGAAUAUGUGCCAUUUUUCUUGUUUUUUUAUUUAAAACUGCAUGCUUCCAGAUGACAAUAUAUUCAAAGAAGUAAUAAUGUUCAUGUUAUAUAUACAAUUAAUGACAGCUUUUACAGUACGGCGCCACCUACGCAGUAAUGGUUAUUUUUGGAUAUUUUGACAUCUUUUGGUAAUUAACGAGGAUUGUAAGUGCUGUUUGCAUUGUGUAAAUUACUUUUUUAUUGUCAUCUGAGAAUAUUUUAUAUAUUCAUAUAUAUACAUAUACAUUAAA